GGCACCGGCGGGGACCGAGCGGCGGCGGCGCGGGAGGCGGAGGUUGGGCUGCUCCGCGCCGGUUGCAGGCCGGGGUUGCUGCGGGCGGCGGGUCCCUCCCGGGGCCCCGGCACACGGCCCAUUCUGACGUCCUUCCUGCUGCCGCUCGCUGACACCGGGGCCAUGUGGGCCCUGCUGGCGCUCCUCUGCCUGAUGCCACCGGGCUCCUCGGCCACUGGGGCCCUGGCUGAGAUGCGACAGACCCCGCUGCCUGCCGGAGCCAGUGCCAGGGCCCAGCUCCCCUCCGCCGCCCAGGGAGCCCUGCCGAAAGCCCCUCUGAUGGCGUCGGAGCUGCCGGCCAGGGGCGCGGACCCUCUGCUCUCCCUCAACCUGGGCCUGAACUUCAAGAUCAAGGUGCGGAGCCAGGGCAGCUUCCGGCUGGCAGAUCCCAGCACCGAGCCAGCCCUCGCAGACCUUCCCCCGGCCGACACGGCGGACCCAAUCUCCUCCGCCAAUUUCCUGACGCCGGCAAACCGCUUCCUGGCCGAGCUGCCGCCUGGCGAAGCCCUGGCCGGCUCCUCCUCCACGCCCGGCUCGGGGUGGCUCGUGACCGGCUCCGCAGACGAGCCGUCGCCAGAUGCUUCCCACGGCCCCGGGAGCUGGGGCGAGACUGCUGGAGGCUGGGACGGCUCCCCGGUUCCCCAGUUUCGCAGCAGCCCUGGGGGCCACCCGCCGAGCACCACCCCCUUCGAGUCGCAGUUCCUGGAGCCAGUGCCCACGGCCCGGCUCUCCUUGUUCCGGCCUGUGCUGGGCUCCCAGCCCGAUGUGAUGCUGCCAGCUGCCAGACAGCCCACCCCUGCCAGCUCCCACCGAGGGCGCAGCAAGGGGCUGGAGUUCAAGAUCAACAUUGACCUGACGGCUGGGCUGGACCAGGAGGUGGGCGCGCCCCCCACCCACAUCCUGCCUGCCAGGGGGGGCAAGGGCCAGGGCACCAGGUGGAAGUACCCGCUGCUCCCCAGCCUGAAAGCAGGGAUCUCGGAGAUCGCCAGCAAGCUGGGCACCUCCAGUUUCUUUGGCCCUACGCUUCCCCCAGACUGGCACCAAGAGAGGAGGGGACCACAGGAGAGGAACAGCACAGAUGGCGUCUGGGACCAGCCCCAGGACACCAGCCCCUCCCUACCCCGUGCCACGGAGCCAGGCCCGGCCCCUGGCCCCUCUCCCGCCAGCGGGGGGGCACUGGCCACCUGGCCCAGAUGCACGCCAGAGGAGUGCGGCUCCCCCAGCCCUGAGCCCGAGGACCCCCCGGUGCCACACCUGCUGCCCUCCCGGCCCCUCUUCGUCACGCUGCACGCGGACUGGAACACGGCCAUGGCCAACUGGGGCCUGGCCUGGGAAGCCCACGUCUACGGGGCCGGCUCCCUCUUCAGCCUGCUGGCCCUGCUCUCCCUGCUGAGCCUGGCCUGCCUCCCCUUCCGCUGCCCGGCUGGCUGCACCUUCCUGGCCGCCCUCGACCUGCUGCUGCUGGUGGCUGGCGCCGCCCGGGCCUUCCUGCUCUUCUACGACGCCUACGGGCAGCAGGAGCGGCUGCCGGCCCUCGCCUCGCUGCUGCUGCACGACCUGCCCUUCCCUUGCUUCUCUUCCGCGCUGGCCGUCGCCUUCCUGCUGCUCUCCACCCGCUCCCGCGUCCAGCUCUCGCGCGCCCGCUUCCGGCACCCCGGCUGCCUGGCCGCCCUGGUGCUGCUGCACUUCUCCGUGGCCGUGGGCGCCGUCCUGGCCGCCGACCUGCUGCGCCAGUUCCCCUUCCUGCUGCUGGUCUCGCGGGGGGCCUUCGCCCUGCUGGCCGCCCUCCUCUCCCUCGCCUUCCUCGCCUUCUACUGCCUGGGGCGGGCGGACGCCAUGCAGAUCUACCACCUCCAGAGCUCCACGCCGCCCACCGAGCCCCUCAGCCGCUGCCCCUUCGCCGAUGCUGGCGACUGGAGCCGGGCAGCGCGCACCACCCUGCUUGCCGCCUGCUUCGCCCUGCUGAGCGCUGCCCUGCAGGCCUACGCCAUCCUCCACGCCCUGGGCUAUGGCCUGCCGCCGGGCUUCUUCGGGCCCUGGCCCUGGUGGUCGCUGCAGCUGGGCUGCCGGCUCUGCGAGGUGGGCACCGGGCUGCCCCUGGCCCUGGUAGGCCUGUACCCCGUGUUCUGCUCCCAUGAGCCCCCCUGCCUGCAUUGCUGCGGCGCGCUCUUCCGCGGCCCCGUGAAGGCCCCCAUCCUGGCCAACAACUUCCAGUGGGCCGUGGCGCAGCACGAGAAGCUGGUGAUGUGCGACACCAUCACCCGCAGCGACUCCGAGUUCCUGCCGCUCUACGCCCUGGCCGGGAGCCGCCCGAGUGCGGACGGGGCUGCGGGCUACUGCGGCGCCCACAGUCUGGGGGCUGCCAGGACCUCAGAGACGCGCCUCGAGGGCGGCUACGGCUCGAAAAGCUCCUCCGUCAUCAGCGUGGCCAUGGAUAGCGACCCCACCGCCGACUUCCAGCCCCCGUCGCCCAUCAACCUGCGGCGCAGCAUCGACGAGGCCCUGUUCAGCGAGGCCCUCAUCCCCGCCAGCUUCUUCCAGCCCGCCAGCGCCCUAGCCCAGUCCAGCACCCUGGCGCUCAGCCUCCAGAGCCCCGGCCUGCAGGAGCGCCAGGGGCUCCGGGAGACGCCGGCCAGCCGUGGCCUGUACCGGACGGCCUCCUGCACGGACCUGGAGGCGGCCCUGCCCCAGGGAGGGGAUGGGGUGGCGUCCCCAGAGGCGGGCGCUCCUGAUGCCGCCCUCUGCUCCCCGGGCAGGUGGAGGGGCAGCAGCUGCUGCUCCAGCUCCCGCUACGGACUCUCCCUGGACGGCUCCUCCCUGGUCCUGUGCCCCAGCCCGGAGCCAACCACCCACGCGUCUUCCUUUGCCUACGAGCCAAAGCUGCCCCGGGGCCAGAGCGAGAGCAGCCCCCGCCGGUCCCCCCCGCCGCCCGGGGGGCCGUACCUGCCCCUGGGCCAGCCCUCCCAGGAGUUGUUGGACUCUCUGGUCCUGCAGCCGCCGGCGGGCGACGUGGCUCUGCUACAGGAGGAGUUCCUGGACGUGUGCCGGCAGAUCGACGCACUCAGCAUCAGCAGCGACACCAUCGACCUGUAGGGAGAGGGGCCGCCCUGGCCCUGCUGCGGCCACCUACCCAGUGGGCCCGGCCUCGCAGGAGGAGCCAGGGCGGCCCUGAAACCCACAUCUCCCCCCAUGGUGCUAGGCGGGACGGGCCCUUCCCGCCUCCGGAGGGGGGUCCCCUCUGGUCAGAGCCAAUGCAUGGCCCAUGCACCCCAGCAGUGGGCGCUCACACCACACCAAUGUCCCGGGGGUCCCGCAAUGUCGUCCCCCCACCCGCGCAGUGCCCACACUGCAUUGCCCAUGUCCUCCCCCACGCCGGAGAGGGGGUGGGGGAGCCAGUGGCCGGCCAUAGGGGCCUGCAGCUCUAUGACGAGGAGAGGGCGCUUCCUGCUGGGCGAGAGAAGGGACUGCGGGCUCCCAACAGCCAGGGCCCACAGCUCCUUGGGAAGGGGGCCCAGCUCUUGCCCUGGCCCCCGGAAGUGGCUCAGUAGAGAUGCCCCAUGCCCGCUCCCCCCAUACACCUGCUGCUUAACACCCUCCUCCCCGGCUUCCUCCGGGUGGGCCUGGGCCCAGACUUUGACCCCUGUAUUAGCAAUGAGGUAGGCUCGUGGUUUGUACUCCAGACUCCAAAGCCCCCAGUGGCAGUGACAGGCCCCCGGGCGCGGGGGCCGGAAACUCCUCCCUCCUUUGCAUUAAUAAAGUAUUUUAUCAACAGGAGCAGCUGGGUCCUCGUCGGGCAGGAGCAGGGGGCGUUACAUGGAUAAACCUGCAAAGCCCCAGCCCCGUCCCGUUCCGAGUGUCUGAGUGAAACACAAGUGCCGCCAGGGAGAAAGGCAGGGAGCAGAGCUGGCCCAGGGACCCUGUCUGAAUGCCGUGGGCUGGGGACUGGCACAGGCAAGGGACACUGGCACAAUGCCUCGGGCCACACCCUCGGCAGGCGGCCGGUGUCGCUCCCCUGAAGCCAGCAGAGGCAGUGGAGGACGGGCCCUU